AUGCGGGAGCUUACCAAGCGUUGUUACAGUCCUGUUGUAGACCGUGAACCCUAUGCCGUUCAGCUAUCGAAGACUCAGAGGAAGUGGUUGCUUGCAGCUGCAAAAUGCGACUACCAGCUGCUAGCAAAGCUGCUCGUCGACGAUACAGAGCUAGCUAACUUCCAAGAUUUCAUGUACGGCUAUGCGGCACUACACUGGGCGGCGAAACAAGGUCACCUUCAGGUCAUCAAAUUGCUGGCGGGUACUUAUAAGGCAGACGUUAACUGUUCGGAUGUUGGGUUCUACCAGAACACCAGCAGCGGUCUGAAUGAGCGUCGUGAUGUCAUUACCUGUGUGAAAUUGCUUCCACCUGCUGAAGUUCCGGAUUCCAGAGACUUGGCGCUUGGUUGGCGAGAGUCAAACAGUGUCGGUUUGGUACUUUAUGGCCUGUUCAAAUAG